AUGACCGAAAUCACUUCAGUUUUCCUCAAAGUCAUGUUGAAUGUUAUAACAAGAUUUCUCGCCGAUCAUGUUGAUUGUACAAGCAAUUGUGGGGCCUACUUUUCGAUUAUUGGUAAACUAAAUUUUAUUUCUAAUUGUAAAAAUAAAUAAUUUUAAUUUUUUUUGAAAAAAGUCCUACUUUCCUUCAGAAACCAACAGUAACGCUGAUUACGUCAUCUUCAAUGACUUUUUUGUCAAAUUCCCGUCCUCAGAACCUCAAUUUCUGAAGGCGCAGAAGUUAAGCCUGCCUACCGCCGAUGAUUACAAUGUCGAUAGAGAGACCCAUCACAUUUCGUCGUAUCAUGAUCUCGGAGUUUUCUAUGCGUUCCUGGUGUUGAAGGUUGGUGAUUCGGGUCGAUACUACAAAAUCCCCUGGCCUGUAACGGAAGAAUUUCAAGUAAAGCCAGUGAGCGUUAAAGAUGUAGGUUGUAGCGGUUUUUUCAAACUUUAGAGUUUAAAUUUUGCUAUUUUUGUAGUGAGCCUGUUAUUGCAAUUACGAUUUUAGGCGUCAAAAAAGAAGUUCCUCUCGGAUGGACUCACUUUUGUGGCAUGGGCCAAAGGCUCAGCGAGGACUUGGCCUAUGUAUCGGCCGCUCUCCGAAGAGGAUAAAAACCCCAUAAAGUGGUUUGCCACGCCACUUCAAGAUUCACUAGACAUGAUUGAUCAAUGCACUGGGAAAAUUUUGCGCUCCGGAAAGGUAAGAUGACAGAAUUAAAAAUCGAUAGGGUGAACCAAAAGAUUUUUCCGAUUUUUAUAUAUCUUUUUGUCCAAUUUUUUUUAGGAAUUACCCGAUAUUUUUAGCUCCACAGCUUCUACGACAACGAGACGGCCGAUGCCGAAAAUUACGAGUUCAGAAUGUGCUUUCCUUCCGGCGAUGAUUACCGCUACACACAGAUCUUUGAUAUUGUAAGGCUUGAGAUAUUUGGCAACAACUUCAGAAGACUUUUUUAGCGUGACAUCCUCCAAAUUAUUGAUGACAAAAAUCUCACCAACAAGUUCUACGAUGUGGCCAAGAAAUUUAAAAAUAGGUUUUCCGUCGGAGUCAGAUAUCAAACCGCGGAUUCCAAUAGAUCCCCCUCGCCAUGCCGUCUAAUUUUUAUUCAGAAUAUGAACACGGAACUCUACAUUUUCAUUGGAACGGCUUUGCUGUUUUAUGUUGGAGCUAUUGGGAUACUAUUUUCCAUUUUUAUGAUGAUCUUGGUGAAUCUUUGGAAGAAAAUGGGAAAGAGAAAAGCCAAAAAGAAGGAUGGAAUGUAAGUAGAUUCAUGGUAAAGAAAGUAAAUAGUAAUCUUUUUAGUUUGGACGACAAUGAUGAUUACGAUCAGCCCACAUCAUAUUCAGCGGAAAACGAGCCGUCGUAUUCAAACUCCGAAAAUCCAACUGAAUUUGUGAAUGAUCAUCGGGCCGCCGCCGUCUGUCGAAUGAAGCCUUACAAGAAAGAAAAAUCCCUGGAAAAGACUCAAAACUCAUCCGAAACAGACAGCCAUAAAAAGCAGCCCGAACUGUCGACGCCAGUUAGUACAAUGUUAGCCCCGGAAACACCGAAGGAAAGCAGUGCUUAUGCUGAGGGCAGUGUGUAUUGUUUCAUAAAAAAUAAAGAUUAA